AGUCGGUAAAGCAAUAAUAUCGAAGGUGCACCCUGCCGCUUCAUCCGAAAGGCGUCGGCGUGGGCUGUUGCGUCCCCCAAACUAAAUCAAUCACCAUCACCACAGCUCAUCAAACCCCACCUCCCUUCCUUCCUUUAAAUAUCCUUUUAGAACGUCUUCGGCCGGGUACAAACACGAAAUGUCUGAUCAUGACGACGAGGACGACCGCCUUAGCCUCAACCUCGGCGAUGACCGCGACGAGGAGGACAGCGGCAGCGACGUGAACCGCCACGACGGCGAGGAGCAGGAUGAGGAGUCGGAGGAGGCUGAGGGGCAGCUGCCGGAGGACGUGGCCGCAAACGUUAUUUUGUCCGGCAACGCACAAGCCGCCAAAGGGGCGCGGGCACGCAGCGUUAACGAGCGCGUGACGACGGCGGUGAUGACCAAGUACGAGCGAGCUCGCGUGCUAGGCACCCGCGCCUUGCAAAUCAGCAUGAACGCCCCAGUGGCGGUUGCGCUGGAGGGCGAGACGGACCCGCUGACGAUUGCCGUGAAGGAGCUGCGCGAGCGCCUGACACCGCUGAUUAUUCGUCGUGUGCUGCCCGACAACACGUAUGAGGACUGGAGCGUUAGUGAGCUGCUUGUCGACUUUGAUCGUCCUGCCGAUGAGCGCUACACCAACAUUUGA